AAGGUCUCUACUCUUCUAUCGCGAAUAGGCUUGCUUUUAGGCCCACAUCUUAGCUUAUAAAGUCUAAAUUUUAUUGUGUUUAGUUUGUAUUAGUCGGAUUUUUAAACGAUUAAUCGGUUUUAUGGCCGAUUAUAUGCAAAUCUGAUUAAUGACACCGACUGGGCUGAAAUCACGGCGGCUACCUUACGCUGAGCGCCUAGCCGGCCGAUUAGUCGGCUAGGCGCCCGCGUUUUCGAACAGACAUGAAAACUUAGAUUAAUACAAUUUGUUUUCCUUAUCUUGAUAGAAUAAAAAAAAUGUUAUUGUUUUCUGUUAGAUUUGGAGUAAAUUUACUUUUGUGGAUUCUUUUCGAAAAAAAAAAAAAAAAGAGUUGGUCAAAGGAAAGAAAAAAAAGACGAAGAAGGUUGAACGUCUACGCAGACGCCAUAGGGAGACAGUUUGAAUAGAGAGAUAGAGAAAGCGAAUCGGUAUAUACCUUUCUAUGGAUUCUUCAUCCUUUUCUAGCUAAAAGCUAUCGCGCGAAUUGAUCGAUCCCUGACAAGAUCCAUUCAUCCACCAUCGGGCGCCAUGGAGGAUUCCACGGCCACGACGUCUUCGACUCAUCAUUAUUUCACCAUUUUCACGAAUUACCCUCUCAUCUCCUCCCUCACGGCUUUCACCAUCGCUCAAUUCAUCAAACUCUUCACCUCCUGGUAUAGGGAAAGGAGAUGGGAUCUCAAACAGCUUAUUGGCUCCGGAGGAAUGCCUUCUUCUCAUUCAGCUACCGUUACUGCUCUCGCGGUUGCAAUCGGUUUACAAGAGGGCUUCGGUGGUUCUCAUUUCGCUAUUGCUUUGAUCUUAGCUUCUGUUGUGAUGUAUGAUGCUACUGGUGUCAGGUUACACGCUGGUCGCCAAGCUGAGGUUCUCAAUCAGAUUGUCUACGAACUUCCUGCAGAACAUCCCUUGGCUGAAAGCAGACCAUUGCGUGAACUUCUCGGCCAUACCCCUCCCCAGGUCGUUGCUGGUGGAAUGCUUGGAAGUGUCACAGCAGUCACUGGAUAUUUAUUUACCAGGGUAGCUACUAGCUAACGUGAACGAACCAAUCAUAGACGCAACUCGCCUGCUUCAUUGCCUAGUGAAACCACUCGACAGUGGACAGAACCGAAGCAGAUUUACAUUCAAAGCCUUGGUUUGAUUUCACUAUAUAUAUAAUCGUAUUCAUGAACUUUCUAUUUGAAAUGUAAAGAAAACUUGAAACACCAUAACAAAAAAGAACGUGAUCUUUAUUUGGAAAAUAAUAAAUAGAAUACAAAGAAUUUGUGGAGUAA